AUGGCUGCCCUCACGUCGAGCAAGGUGAUCAUCGCCCAGCAGAAGGCGACCCGCUCGGUCCGCCCUCGUGCUGUGGCCGCCCGCGCGCAGUCGGAGGAUGUGUCGCGCCGCGCUGCCCUGGCUGGCUUCGCCGGUGUCGCCGCUCUCGUGCUGAAGGGCGACGCCGCGCAGGCCGCGUACGGUGAGGGCGCCAACGUGUUCGGCAAGACGACCAACAAGUCUGGCUUCGUGACGUACGCCGGCGACGGCUACGCGUUCCUGAUCCCGGCCCGGUGGAACCCGUCCCCGGAGCGCGACAACCAGAACGUCAUCCUGCGUUACGAGGACAACGGUGACAGUGUGAACAACGUCAUCAUCACGAAGACGAAGACGGACAAGACGAAGAUGGAGGACCUCGGCUCGCCCGAGGAGUUCGUCGCCUCGAUCGCCGGCCUCCUCGGCCAGCAGGCGUGGAUCGGCGACACGGUGUCGGAGGGCGGCUUUGCCAACGGCAAGACGUCGGCGGCGUCGCUGCUCGACGUCGGCAAGGAGACGGACAAGAAGGGCAAGACGUACUACACCGCGUACGUGCUGACCCGCUCGGCCGACGGCAACGAGGGCGGCCGCCACCACCUGAUCAAGGCCACCAUCUCGAACGGCAACCUCUACGUGGCCAAGUUCCAGGCCGGCGACAAGCGCUGGUUCAAGGGCGUGAACAAGGAGAUCGAGGCGGCCGUUGGCUCCUUCCAGGUCGCGUAA